AUGACAUCAGCAGCUUCGGCCAAAGCUCGACAAAAUUGGCUGGAUGGCCUGCGCGGCAUGGCUGCGGCUAUUGUCGCCUGGUUCCACUUCACGGUGGGAGAAAUGAGAGCUCCCUAUCGAUCAUUCUGGGCUGUCCCCGCGGCUGAAAAUCGUCGCUUCUUUCAGUUACCUCCGUUCCGCUUACUGUUUGCCGGGCAGUCAAUGGUUCUUCUCUUCUUUGUCAUCUCAGGCUAUGCCGUGUCGACCUCCAUCAUACGACUCCGUGAUGAUGCCCCGGCUCAGUUCUAUCGAAAACUUACAUCUUCCGUCUUUCGCCGUGGUUUCCGACUUUACAUUCCCGUUUUGAUCCUUUGCCUCAUCUCCCAUUUGACUUAUUACAUGGGUCUGAUUGACUGGACGCCGGGUGAUCAGGAGGGCUGUCCUGGAGCACAGCCCUGGUCAGCGCUGCAACCUCAUCUCAGUUGUCUUACCAUGACCUUCCUGACGACUCUUCAACUCAGUGGACCGUUCUAUGUGACAGGGUAUAAUUUCCACUUGUGGACAAUCUCAUACGAGUACCAAUGCUCACUGGCGGUUUAUCUGGUCCUACUCGGCCUUGCAUCCAUCAGACCUAUGGUACGACUGGUGGCAAUCACCUGCCUGAGUGCCGCAUUAAUGUGGUUCGGCUCACCUAUAUUAUCGGCCUUCCUUGCUGGUCUCAUGUUUGCGGAACUCGAUAUACUGCGUGAAGCGUCCCGGGAUUUAUUGAUGGCUGGGCAGAAGAGAAAACCGACCACCCUUGUCACAAACUGUGCACGUAUCCUCACCGGACUGCUCUUCGUGAGCGGGAUUUACCUCUUGUGUCUCCCACAAGACUCCACUUUUCCACCUGACUUCUCGUUCCAAUCCUCCCUCAAGCUACCGUUCUAUGUAGAUCCCGAGAUCCGCAUCCGGGGAUGGCACGCUGUUGGGGCGAUCCUUGUUGUUGGAACGCUCAGACAUCUUCGAUUCCUGCGAAUUCCACUAGAGACUCGUCUAGCGCAAUUUCUCGGGAUGAUUUCUUUCUCACUAUAUCUGUUUCAUCCUUUAUUCAUCAUGGUCAUCCGCAAUCGCAUCCUGCAGGCUGUGUGCCAUUAUCUGUGGGGGACGGAUUUCUGGCAGACGCAGCAGGAUGAGUCGGCCUGGCAUGUAAUAAUCCUGGCGUGGACUGCAGCUGCGUCUGUUCUCUUUCCGCUGUUAAUUCUGGCAUCCAAGUAUAUGUCCAGGAUUGUAGACCGGAAGUCGGUUGCUUGGUCGUACCAAGUGGAAAACCUCGUCAGCCGUGCUAGCAGGUGACCGCAGUGGGUCUUCAGAUACACACUAGAAUUUGUUUUUGUUUUGCCGAGAUUGAAUCAUUCAGGACGACGAAG